CCCUCCGACAGAUAACACCUCUGACUUGACGCAGCUGUGACGGACACUUUUAAUCAGACCAAACAAUAAAUGAUCCAGAAACUAAUCAGUCAUUGGAGCCUUAUAGUCAAGUUUCCAUCCAAAUGUUGCACAGAGUCUUAAAAGUUAGACUCUUAAUGAUAUAAAACAGACCAAAGCUGGAACUAGAGAGUUUUUUGCUGACAUGUCAGAAGCUGAGAAGUCUGCUACACCACAAAGAUGGUGACCGUUGAGAGUGAGAGGUGUCCGUCAUUUCACUCUUAACUUUUGGACCUUUUGACUGCGACAGAUUGAUAAGUCUACAGUCAGCGCUCUGAGAGCUCGUAAACAGGAGCUCCUGACCAUCUCUAAUGUUGCUGUCGGAGACUGCCCCCCCUCUCCUCCCCGCACCGCACCCCCCACCAUGAAGUCGGCUCAUUUCUUUGACAUGAUGGACAAGAUGGAGGAUGACUACAUUCCUUAUCCGAGGAUCGAGGAGGUGUUGGAGAGGGGCGAGCCGUACCCUCAGGUCAUCCUGCCGGAGUUCGGAGGUUACUGGAUCGAGGAUCCUGAGGCUCCUCCGCCUCCUGCACCUCCUCCCGCCUCCCUGGAGAUCAAAGGGGAGGAGGAGGAGGAGGAGGGUGAGGAGGGGGCAGGAACAGAGAAGGAAGAUAGACCCCCAGGGGAUUAUGGGUACAGACUGGAGGAGAUCAGUGAGGCUGCCCGGGCGUACAGAAAGCACUUUCUAGGCAGGGAACAUUUGAACUUCUCCUGCUCAUCAAGCAGUGUUGGAAAUCUGCUGCUGUCUGUGAGACAUGAGGAGGAGAAGGAGCAGGAGUCCCUUCAUGUGAUCAUCAGGUCUCGGGUGAAAAGCGUCUACCACAGAUUGUCCCUGACAGAGCUGCCCGACAUCCCAAGUGUACCAGAGCUCGCCAAGCUGCUGUGUGACGAUGCUGCAGGCCUGCGCUUUAGCCCUGUCCUCUACCCCAAGGCAUCUCAGCUGAUUGUGAACUACGAUGAACAUGAGGUGAACAACACCUUCAAGUUUGGAGUCAUUUACCAGAGGUUUGGACAGGUGUCUGAGGAGGAGCUGUUCAGGAACAACGAGGAGACGCCGGCCUUCACCGAGUUCCUGCAGCUGCUGGGAGACACGGUGGAGCUGCAGGACUUCAAAGGGUUUCGGGGAGGUCUGGACGUGUCUCACGGUCAGACGGGCUCUCAGUCCGUCUACACCGUCCACCGACAGCAAGAGAUCAUGUUCCACGUCUCCACCAAACUGCCCUUCACUGAGGGAGACACACAGCAGCUCCAGAGGAAACGCCACAUAGGAAAUGACAUCGUGGCGGUGGUGUUCCAGGAAGAGGCCACACCUUUUGUCCCCGACAUGAUCGCCUCCAACUUCCUGCAUGCCUUUAUCCUGGUGCAGGUGGAGGAGCCCUGCUCUGACACCACCUUGUACAAGGUGUCAGUCACAGCACGAGAAGACGUCCCUCCGUUUGGCCCGCCCCUCCCGAACCCAGCUGUUUUUAAGAAGGGUCCAGAGUUCAGAGAGUUCCUUCUCACCAAACUCAUAAACGCAGAGCUGGCGUGCUACAAGAGUGACCGUUUCGCCCGGCUGGAGGAGCGUACCCGGGCCGCCCUGCUGGACACCCUCCAUGACGAGCUGCACAGACGCUCCCAGAGCAUGCUGGGAUUGACGUCAGGUCUAGAGGAGGACGGGCGAGCUGAGAACGGACACGCCCACGGUGGUCUGCUGGAGUCCAUCAAGAGGGCGAUGCGAGGGAGGAGCGUCUCCAUGGAGACCAUGUCACGGGGCGGGGCAGGUCUGCCCACCAGUCUGAGUGGGGGGGGUCUGGCUCACAUCAGCAUUGAGUGUAACGUGAAAUCUCCUGUGAAGAGACGUUCAGGACUUUUUCCUCGUCUGCUGAGCGUCGACAGCCAAACAGAGAAACACAACCUGAGGAGCCUCCUCAGCGAGCAGAGGAGCUUCGACAGCUGCCACCCGACACUGGAGGUGAGGUCAGAGCUGCCGUCCAAUCCCAGCUCUCCAGAGGCGGGACAGCGGGACAGGCCUCACAUAAAGAAGGAGAGCAGUAAGAUCUCCAGAUCGACAUCCAGCACCUGCAGCUUCAGCGUCCCUGCUGACGACACACACCUGCUCGCCCAGGCUGCGCUGGUUGAAGGUCAAAGUUCAGCUCCGCUCAUCAUCUGUCGCAGCCCCACAGAGGUGAAAAAUAAAAACUCUCCCAGAUCCAACCUCAAGUUUCGCUUUGACAAGUUGAGUCACUCGGCUGCACAGGGGAACUAAACUGAGAGCAGAGGGAGAUUAACAAUGAGGAGGUUCAGUCAAACGUCCAAGGAGGAGGAGGAGGAGGAGGAGGAGAACAUUAAUGUGAAGACACUGAUGGACAGUCACACACACUGAGGAUAAAAAGGGAAAUCACUUCAACAUAUUCGUCCUUCGCUGCUGCAGCUGCAUCUUUUCUGCUCAGAGGGAAUCAAACCUGCAGGACUGUGCAUGUCAACACACACACACACACACACACACACACACACACAUUACUUUCCGUAAUUUAAAUCCUCACACCAUGAAAACGCGUUAAAUUUUCUUCUGCUGUGUCUCUGGAGGAGAUAAAUGACACAGAUGAUGUCAUAGUGAUGUCAUCAGGGUCACAUCAGACUGCGUGGGCUGCAUUUUGGUGUCGCACUGAUGCAGUUUGUCGAUUUGUGAGUUUGAUCUUUAACGGUGCCAGAAUUGUGGUGCAACUUUAGAAACAGUCUUUAUAUGAGUUCAUAUUUAACAUGUGCAGGUCCCACACAGCAGUAAGUUUCAUCAUGACAGGGACGUCCCUGUCUUUAAACCGAACACGCCCUCCUGUGACGUAUGAUAAUGAUCUCAACCCAAAUCUAAGAGUGUCCCAGGUGAACCAGGUGAGCCGGGCCAUCAAACACUAAAUGUACUGAGCAGAGUGACUCACAAAAACAGAGUCCUAAAUGACUGACAGAGAGCCUGCGCUCCAAACUGGAGGUGUUUGAAAGAUCCAUGUGCAUUAUGGGACAUGUAGGAUCUGGUGUUUCAUAGUGGAAGCUUAUGGUGCUUCUCAGAGUUGAGGAUGCAUUCUUGGUAGGACGGGUCCGACAGAGGAAAGGCAGGACUUCUUCCUGUCAUUCUGAGAAGAAGUGUGCAUCAUUGGAAAGUCCUGCCUUUAAAUCAAAGCAACAAUUUCAGAAUCCGUGAAAGAACUGCAAUCCUUACAAAUGAAGGUGGUGACAGCAAGACAGUUACGAACUCAACCAACCCAGUCGCCAGAAUAAAUGUUGGCAUCGUACAUUUCUGCAAACCACGGAAAAAUGUGUAUGUUAUACAUUAUAUAUUAUAUAUGUUAUAUAUGUAAUAACCACUUUUCACGUCACUAUGCCGACCGGAAAUGCAGGGACAGGUCGCUAAACACAACAAUUUGUGUUGUUUGUUGGUGUUGAACGGUGGUCUGCAGGUUGGCAGGUGUCUCUCUGAGGUGUCACACCAUCCACCAUCAACACCUUAUGUUGGUGUCUUUUAGUGACCUAUCACUGCCGAUAGGUCCCCAAAAACUUUUUCUUACCAUAACCACAAGGUUUUUGUACCUAAGCGUAACCACACAUUAACCACAGCACUGCUAAAAAGUAAAGUUUCACUGUAUUCAUAUCAUAACGUACAAAAGUGACGUAUCUGUGGUUUGCAGAAACGUACAAUGCCAACAUUUGUUCUGGCGACUGGGUCGACGUCUGUUAAAGUCUGAUGAAGUGUUUUUUUUUUUUCAGGGACGCUGAGCUGAAGGCUGAUGUUCACAGGAAAAUACUAAAUAAUAUUUCUCUCAUUUAUCGCCUAAUAUUUAAUUACCUAAUAUUGUUUUUGUUAUUUUUAGUUUUAAUAGACCCUAUUAGGGCCGAUGUCACGAUGACAUCAUGUUAUCAGCUGGAGGUGCAGCUGCCUCUCCCCCACAGGGCUGUAGGCUCCAUAGGAGUGUUAAAAUGUGUUUGUCUUGUUGUGUUAUUGGGAGCCAGAAUAGAAGGAGUCAUGGCUCAAAACCAGCCGCCACUGCCCGUCAACAAAAACAAAGACAACUAUGGUUAAAUGUGAUAAGACCAAAGGACUGGACGGAGGCCAUCAUCAAAAAUGCUCACAUGUGCAGCGCACACUUCAUAUCAGGUUAGGGAAAAAGUAUUUCCUGUUGUAGGGAUGAAUAAGGUUAUGUGUAUUAAGGGUUAUCAUGUCCACCUCAUCAGAAACUGGGGAGGGAUUAAGAGGAAGAUUGGAUUUCUCUGCAACGCUAACUUUUUAGCACAUUAGCUAACGUUAGCUUCCAUAGCAAAACAAACAAGUGUGGUCCUCCUUUGUAAGAUUGGCUUCCUGUGACAUCAU